UUCUUAACCACCAUCAUCCACUCAAGAUUCACCGUAGCCUUGCCUUCUAGUGCGUUGUGACUGCGGAUCUCCAGAGAACUUGGCUGUUUGCUGUACUUCUCGGCAUUCACGAUAGUCUAAAGCCGUCCUUCAUCGAACGCGCCUCUGCAGGAUAUGAUCUCUUUCGGCCUUUUAUCCUACCGUACCUGGCACUCUGCAGCUCUCGGCCGUCGAUGCUUCGACCCUCUACGAACGUGUUGCCUACAGGACGCAAAUCAGGUCCUCCCGUCGCACUUAUCGAUACCGACUCCCCACCCUUCACCCGCAAAGUCGCUUAGGAUGGCGCACGUGUGCCCGUUUGCCGCUCAAACGCCUGCAGCGACUGGCUAUUUUUGAGCUCUCUCGAGGUAACGGGUGCUACUAUAAAGACCACCGGAGCAUCAGACUGUCCUUGAAGGCUUUCUCUGCACCAUCCCACUUCCUUGUUGACUUCGUCGCUGUCGUCAACUUCAGUAAUGGCGGACAGCAGCAAACUAGACAAGGCCUUCGGGGAUGAUUCUUCUCUUCCCGAGGCGCGCUAUGCGGCAGAUGAAGAGACGCAGGAGCUAUCGUCGAAGCAGCAGAAGAGCUCCUUCUUCACCAUCCUCGCUUCUGCGUUUGGGCUGAUCAGUGACGGGUACCAGAAUAACCUCAUGACCAUGUCCAAUGUCGUCUUCACCACCCUCUACCCACAAGAUUACACAUCAUCUGUCAAAACGCGCGUGUCCAAUGCCCUUCUCGUCGGCGCCGUCCUCGGCCAAGUCAUCGUCGGAGUGGUCUGCGACCGCCUCGGGCGCAAGUUUGCGCUGGUCGGCACGACGUUGAUGAUUGUGCUGGGCGGGAUUUUGGGCACGGCGGCGCAUGGGGCGGGUGGGAGUGUAGAGGGCUUGUUUUGGUUCUUGACGAUUGCGAGAGGGAUCACUGGUGUUGGCGUCGGUGGGGAAUACCCAGCCUCCUCCACAAGUGCCUCCGAAGCAGCGAACGAAAGGAGCAUCUCCCAACGUGGGCCCCUCUUCAUCAUGGUCACGAAUUUUGUACUUUCGUUCGGCGGCCCCCUCGCCGUCGCCGUCUUUCUUAUCGUCCUCUCCGCCGCAGGGGAGGACCACCUCCCUACCGUCUGGCGCGUCUGCUUCGGGAUCGGUGUCCUGUUACCCUUGACGGUGUUCUAUUUUCGCGUGCGCAUGCUGACGACGAAGUUGUAUCGGGAUGGGGCGAUCAAGCAUCGCGUCCCAUACGUCCUGUCUAUCAAGCGGUAUUGGAAGUCACUCAUCGGAACCUGCGGGGCAUGGUUCUUGUACGACUUCGUGACCUUUCCCAACGGCGUCUUCUCCGGGACAAUCAUUUCGAGCGUCGUGCACGACGCCGAUAUCAAGAAAACGGCGGAGUGGCAGUUGUUGCUGGGUACGAUCGCGCUGCCGGGGGUGUUUGUCGGCGCGCUCCUUUGCAAUCGACUUGGGAGGCGGAAUACGAUGAUGCUGGGCUUCAGCGGAUAUCUUAUUUUCGGCCUCAUCAUCGGCUGCGCGUACGAGAAAAUCACGGGCAUUAUUCCCUUGUUUAUCGUCUUCUACGGCCUCAUGCAAUCCUUCGGCAACCUGGGUCCGGGCAACAUGCUCGGGCUUGUAAGCGCUGAAUCCUACCCAACGCCCAUCCGAGGCACCUUCUAUGGCUUCUCCGCCGCGAUCGGGAAGGUCGGCGCUGCGGUGGGAACGCAGGCCUUUACCCCCAUUCAGGACAACCUUGGGAAAAAGUGGACGUUCAUCAUUGCCGCGAUCUGCGGUGUUACGGGUAUUCUGGUCACCUAUUUCUUCGUCCCGGAUAUGACGGGGGUGGACCUUGGCGACGAGGAUGCUGCAUUUGUGCAGUACCUGAACGAACAGGGGUGGAAUGGAGAGGUCGGCGAGAAGGAAUCGGUGGUGAGCAUAGAUAUGGUGGCCGUGAAACAGUAGCAUAGGUGACAGUGAAUUUUGGAACUUACGACAUUGCGCGUAUGAGGUGGCGCAAAUCACCUAUCGCAGAUGUUCAAGUUGAAAGUUCAACUUCAGCGGUGUAUCUCUGGAUGUUCAUGUUUGUCGAUGUGGGCGCAGGCCCAGACCCGGCUGCACGGAUCGGCCGAACGCCGGACACGGCCGAAGCCGGGAUGUGAUAAGAUUUGAUAAAGUCAGCCGAUAAGAUUGCACACUUGCCUCCUCCUCCCUUGAACUCCUGGGGCUGCCGCCAUCUGAGCAAUGUCGUCCGCCGUGGCACCCGGCUCUGCAUCGUCUUCGACGACACUCUGGGCGACAGGUAGGCCCAGAGCGCGCCCCCGCAAAGCACGUGCUGAGUUUCGCAGCCUCCAAGGAAUGGGUCAUUCCUUCGAAACCAAAGCCGGGCAGGAAGCCCAAGAAAGAGACCAUCCAGGCGAA